AUGCUCGACACCCCAACGCACAUCGUCACCCUCGAGAAGAAAUGGGGCUAUCACGCCGCCAACGGGUACGAGCUGAACAACAACACAUGGGGCAGCGCCGCCGCAACCUCGGGCUCGCAGCGCACGCACUACGACGGCCCCACGGCGCCAAGCAGCCCCACGGGAUCCGUGGGAAUCGCGUGGUCCACGGACUGGGAGUGGCGCGGCGGCGAGAACAGCGUCAAGUCGUACGUCUACGGCGCGCGGCAGUUCCGGCGCCGGCUGGUGAGCGAGGUCGCUGCGCUCCCGACGGAGGUGGAGUGGCGGUAUAACACGUGGGAUGUCCGCGCCAACGUCGCGUUUGACAUUUUCACCGAUCCGGAUGUGGAGCAUGCGAAUAGUAGCGGGGAGUACGAGGUUAUGAUAUGGUUGGCGAGGCUGGGCGGCGUGUGGCCCAUCAGCGAGUCCAAGGCGCCGAUUGCGCAGGUGGAGAUUGAGGGCCAUCGGUGGGAGGUGCAUUUUGGGUAUAAUCAUGGUGGGAAGAUGAAGGUGUUUAGCUUUUUGCCAGUGGAUGGGCCGAUUCAGAGCUUCCGCGCGGAUGUGAAGCGGUUUUUUGAUUAUCUGGUUGCUGAGCAUCAGUUUCCGGCUUAUAACCAAUACAUGCUCGUGUUCCAGCUGGGUACGGAGGCGUUUACGGGAGGUCCCGCGGAGUUUGUGGUUCCUAAGUUCAUUGCCGAUGUCCAGUGA